CUUCAAAGAACUUCUAUGACAGAUGCAUUCAAAACAUAUGCUGCUGAAUCCGACCAAUUUCCCAAACAGAAAUGAAAAGUUUCAUACAAGGUAUGUCUGAGAGGGAGAUUAAAAAAGAAUCCGACCAAUCAGAAAAACUUUGAACCCCCAACCCAGCAAUGUAUCCGGUUAAAAACCCGGUUCGAUUUUAAACCCUAUUUUUUUCUCGUAAUCCUCCUCAAUCUCUCAUUUUUGCAAUCGCACUCUCUCUACCUCUCAGAUCAGACGUCAAUUCAACUCAUCAGUGAAGCGAUUGCAGCGAAACUUCUCGGAGUUUCCGCUACGCCGAUCGAUCGGUUGAAGAUUUUGACAUGGAAGGGAAUUCAGGCGGAGGAGCGGCAGCUGGAGGAGGAGGAGGAGGAGGAGGGAGCGAUGUGGAAUUGGUGAGCAAGACGUUGCAGGUGGAGCAUAAGCUUUUCUAUUUUGAUCUCAAGGAGAACCCUCGCGGUAGGUACCUUAAGAUAUCGGAGAAGACGUCGGCGACGAGGUCAACCAUCAUCGUUCCUUCCUCCGGCAUCUCCUGGUUCCUCGAUCUCUUCAAUUACUACGUCAAUUCCGAGGAACACGAGCUCUUUAGCAAAGAAUUGCAGCUUGAUUCCAAGGUGUUUUACUUCGACAUCGGUGAGAACAGGAGGGGACGCUUCUUGAAGGUGUCAGAAGCAUCUGUGAGUAGAAACCGGAGCACCAUCAUCGUUCCCGCUGGAAGCUCUCCUGAUGAAGGAUGGGCAGCUUUCAGGAACAUCUUGGCUGAGAUCCAUGAAGCUUCAGGGCUUUUCGCGAUGCCAAAUCAGAAACCUUCUGAUGCACAGGAACAUCUGGUUGGGCUCUCUGACGAUGUCGGAGCUGGAUUUAUACCUGGCCACGGUAGCCAACCGCCGUCUUCUUCGGAGCUUACCGUGGAACGAUCAACUGACUCGCCGGGCCACGACGAAACCGGAAUGACGGGUGUUUCGAAGGUGAUCAGAGCUGAUCAGAAACGGUUCUUCUUUGAUCUUGGGAACAACAACAGGGGACAUUUCCUGAGGAUAUCUGAGGUGGCAGGUUCUGACAGGUCCUCGAUCAUACUACCGUUAUCGGGACUUAAGCAGUUUCAUGAAGUGAUUGGUCACUUUGUGGAUAUCACCAAAGAUAGGAUUGAAGGGAUGACAGGUGCAAAUGUCAGGACGGUUGAUCCUCCUCAGAGAUGAGUAUUUUGAUUCUUUUAGGGGAUUGGAAUUAUAAAAACAAAUAUGGAGUCUGUUCAAAUCUCAAUCCUCUAACAUUUUCGAAUCUGGCGACUUAGCUGUCUGAUCUCCGGUGUGCAAAUAGUUUUCACGUAAUGUAUCACCCAUUCACAUCGUCUACAAUAAUUCAGCAUCAUUUGGCUUAUAUAAGCAGAUACAAAGUAUGGAGUCUGCAACUGGGAAUAAGCUGAAAUCAUCCACCAUCUGUAUCUCUCUCUCUCUCUCUCUCUUUCUCCUUCCCUCGUUCCUCUUAAUAGAAAGUUUGAAAAUUGGUGAGUCCUUAUUUGCUUCUGUUCUGUUUUAACUUCUUUUAUUUUUCUAGUUUGGGUCAUUGGGUGUAUAUCUGUUGACAUCUUCAUUUGUAAAAGAAUAUUGGGGUUUAUAUGUUUUGGCUAAUGCCAGUGGUAAUAAAAAUUGAAGUUCUAUAAUAUGAGUAUUUGACUUUGGAGAUUACCUUUUCUUAUGGUGCAAUUAGACAAAGAGUGUCAUGUCUGAAUCUGA